AUGUAUUCUAAUAUAGAAAUGCUUAAGACAUUGAAAUCAUCAGCUAGAAAUCGUGCUGCUGCAAUCAAAUCUGCAUUUUUUAAUAGCUUACGAUUCAGGUUCCAGAAUCAAAAUUCAUUGAAAAUGUCAGUGAUAAAAAUUCCGCCACCAAGCGAAUUAAAAAAACUUUUUGGUCAACCAAAUAUAAAAACUGCGGAAAUUCCAUAUGAUGUUCUCGUAUGUACACGUGAGCUUUGUGCACGUUAUCUUGGUGGUGCAUGGAAUACAAUUAGUCCAGAACAGUUACGUAUGCGACCGAUAAUGUUGUUUUGCAAUUUUAUCAUAUGUUAUUGUACAUAUGUGUGUAUGUUUGUGUAUAAAUGCAGUUCAAGUACAAAAAUCAAAGAUCAAUUAAAUAAAUAA